UUCUUAAUAGCCAAAACUUCCGUAAAACUGCAUAUUAAGAAACAUGGCUGAAGGUGAACAUAUUAUACGUACUGAACUUCCAGCUGCGAUGAUAUCUCGCAAGAAAAUCAGUGUUUGGUCUAUUCUUAAGAACUGUAUUGGAAAAGAUCUCAGCAAAAUUACAAUGCCAGUUGUACUUAAUGAACCUUUAAGCUUCCUUCAAAGACUAUGCGAAUAUAUGGAAUAUGCACACAUCUUAAGUCAGGCGUCAAAAGAAGAGAAUCCUGCGGACCGCAUGAAAUAUGUUGCAGCAUUUGCCGUUUCUGCUCUGGCCGCAAAUUUUGAUCGACUGGGAAAACCAUUUAAUCCUCUGCUUGGAGAAACAUAUGAGCUACAAAUGGACGAUUAUCGAAUUGUUUGUGAGCAAGUCUCUCAUCAUCCUCCCGUCUCUGCCUUUCACGCAGAAUCAGCCGAUUUCAAGUUUCAUGGUUCGAUUAAUCCAAAGAUUAAAUUCUGCGGAAAAAAUGUUGAAGUACAUCCAAACGGAAUUGUUACUGUUGAAUUUCCGAAAUGGAAUGAAACUUACACAUGGAGCAAUGUCAAUUGUUGUGUGCACAACAUAAUUGUUGGAAAGCUUUGGAUAGAGCAAUAUGGGACAAUGGAAAUUACCAAUCAUUCAAAUGGAUAUGUUGCCAAGUUAAUAUUUAAAACAGCGUCAACAGAUAAGGAUGUCCACAGAGUUGAAGGAUUUGUAAAGGAUGAAAACCAGAAAAAGUUAUUCUUUCUAUAUGGUAAAUGGACCAAGUUCUUAAAGUCUUGCCCAUAUGAAAAUUAUGAAGAAAAUCGUAAACAUGAAUUGAAAAUUAAGGAGGAAAAAGAUUCUUCAGCUUCACCUAAUGCGACUCCGAAAAAAAUGUUUUCCAAAUUGAACAGUUUUAAACUAAACUCUUUUCGUAGUUUGUCUAUUCAGGAUAAUGAGAAUUUCCCACCUGCUGAAAUAGACGGCGAUUUUCCGAGAAGUGAAUCUUCCUUCUCCUUGGACAUACCGGACUCCACAUUAUUGUGGAGUAGUAACCCCAGACCUGAUAAUAGUAGCGAGUAUUACAAUUUUACUAACUUCGCCAUGCAAUUGAAUGUAAUGGAUAAUAAUAUGAAACCACCAGACACCCUUUGCCCCACCGAUGCACGUUUGCGUCCUGAUAUAUUAUGUUUAGAGAACGGCGAUCUGGAUGGAGCAUCAAAGGAAAAAACAAGGCUUGAAGAAAAGCAGAGAGACUCGAGAAAAAACAUAAAGACCGCUGAUGUAGGGGAUUUUUGUCCCAGAUGGUUCAAAAAAGCAUACAACCCUUACACAAAGUGUGAUGCUUGGCUAUACAGUGGAUGCUACUGGGAUCGCGAUUACAAAAACACAAAUACAUUAUUUUAGAA